ACUACACGACAGUCUCCUCGCGGUACCAUCCUGUGCUGCUUCUUCACUAGCAGCCGGACCUCGAGUGAAAAACACCCGAGCUGAGGACUAGGCAGGGGUUCUUCUAAAAGCUAUCCCCGCAAUGGUCAACCACCACCCCGACGUGUAGAUUUGUUUCCCACGCAGCUUUUCUCUCCGUGUGAUCCGAGCAUGAGCCACACUGCGUCGGCCACCGGCUCGGCUUCUUGCCGCUUCGCCCACUAUUUUGUCGUGUGUGGACUAGACCCAGAGACUGGCCUGGAGCCGGACGAUGGAGCAGGCGAGAGCUUUGAGCAGAGCCCAAUUCAUCGCUCCUUCAAGUCCAGAGUUCUUGUGCAUUACCCUGAAAGCACGGACAGAAACCCCUUCAAUAAAGAUGCAGUCAACAUGCUGUGCAUGCCGAGGGGUCUCUCCUUCUGCACUCAGGCAGACCGGCUGGACUCUCACUUCCACUCUUUCACCAUCGGCUUUGAUGACGGUUCUCGCUCCUAUGGCUUUGUCCACACGUUCUACGAGGAGGUGACCAGUGCACAGGUCAUCACGGCCAUGCAGACUCUCCAUCAGAUGUACCAUGUAGAACACCACUCCUCCUCGUCCUCCUCUUCUUCUUCAUCUUCAUCUGCCUCCUCACCCUCCACCUCCAGUAUGGACUCUCUUGUGAGCAGCCUGGAUGAGUCAGAUGGGGAUUCUAUGGUUGGGAACGCCACAGCCGCCACCGCCUCCGCCACCUCCACUUGCUUGGGUUGCGUCAACUCCUUUGACCCAUCACAUGACACCCUAUAUGUGUCCAAAGCCCUCUGUCUGCUAACGCCACUCCCCUUCCUUCAAGCUUCUCGUCAGUUCCUCUCUCAGCUGCACCGGGCCGUCGUCUCCCAAACUCCACCACCACUGCCUCUGGAAAGUUACAUCCACAACAUACUCUACGAGGUGCCCUUGCCACCGCCCGGACGCUCGCUGAGGUUUCAUGGUGUGCAGGGGCCCAUCUUGUGUCAGCGACCUGGCCCGGGUGAGCUACCACUGGGGGAGUAUCCUCUUGGUGAAGCCUUCUCUCUGCUUGGGGUGGACAACAUGGUGCAGCUUCUUACCUGCUCGCUACUGGAGACACAGAUACUGCUCUACUCCCAAGACUACCAGCGUUUGAUGAUGGUGGCAGAGUGCAUCACCACCCUGCUCUUCCCCUUCCAGUGGCAGUACAUUUACCUGCCCAUAAUCUCCGCACCUUUACACCACCUCCUGGAUGCUCCCGUUCCCUUCCUGAUGGGCAUUCAGCGCAGGGACGGCGCUCCACGAUCCUCCCUGCACCUACCACAGGAGGCCAACCUUUGCUUUGUGGACAUUGACAACCACUCUGUGGACGCUCCAGAGGGUAUCCCAGCCUUUCCCGAUCAAACCGAGCUUGUCAAAGACCUAAGCGAGGUCCUGCAGCAUUUUGGGCUUCCCCCACAAGGAGGUGCUGUCAUAAAAUCCUCCACGGCCUCUCCACCUUUGAGCAGCCUGGAGGACCUAAUGGAGGAUAGACGGAACGGAAACCUCGGUGGUGAAGAGCUGGAGGUGUUAGAGAGGCUGCAGGCUUUGGCGUGGAGGUGCGGAGGAGGCAAGAUGGUGGGCGAAGGCAAGACGCUGGGACGCGUGUGGGAGGAAGAAGCAGAAGCACUGAGUGCAGCAAAGAUGAACAUCCAGCUGAGGGAGGUGUUCGCCGAACGCUUCGCUGCCAUGUUUGGUCGCUAUGAGGAGUUUGUCAUCCAUGGUGCGUUUGAUAUGGAUUCCUGGCUGAGCAACCGAGAGGGGACUUUCAGCUUUGACAAGGGGUCCUUCCUCUCAGUUCAGCCUGUGGCCCACUUGCACUUCCUGUCCCGCUUCCUGGAGACGUCCAUGUUUUCGUCCUUUGUGGACGGCAAGGUGAUAUCUCGCUGGGCUGAUCGAGAGCCGCUGCAGCAGCUCUUUGACAGCCGCCUGGAGAGGGACCGGAUGUACGACACGGACGAGGCAGAAUCCCGCAACAGUCGCUUCAGGACAUGCUCUGCUCUCUUUGAGUCAGCUCAGGCCAUCGAGCGGCGGCUGCUGAAGGCCGACCACACGGCCAUACACCCCCACCUCCUGGACAUGAGGAUCGGCCAGGGUCGCCACCAACCGGGCUACUUUCCCAAGCUGCAGGCUGACGUGCUCAUUCAGGCACAAAGCACCUACAAGCGGUCCAGUCGUGUCACAGCACCGCGCAGAACCGAUACCUGGAGGACACCAGCAGCCACAGAAGACAGCGAGCAAAGACAGAAGCACUCCAUGGCAAGGAAGCACCUCAAUCAGCUCAAGUUUAUGGACCUGUCGCCUCAAGUGGUCGCUCGGACUCACAGGGAGUUUGUUCAAGGGCUGCUGAGCGAGUGUCGGCUGAAGACCAAACGCAUGUUAAUGGAGAGAAUGGGAAAGGAAAAUAUAGAAGUGGGAGAAGCCAGCAUCACUGGCCUGCAGGAGAACACGCUGAUUCACGGACUGUGUGACCUACUGGAGAGAACCUGGGGCCAUGGUCUGCAGAUGAAACAGGGGAAGUCAGCUCUUUGGUCCCACCUGCUUCAUUACCAGGCGGCCCUACAGAAAGCAGAGGUGCCAUCUGAGUCUCCAGGGUCCGAGCAGAGAACAUUUGAUGUUGCCACUCCACUCCUGAGAGGAUCUUUGGUGCAAGAUAUGAGGUUUAUUCAGACUAUGAGUGAGGGUCUUUCAGAUGUGGGUCAGGCCCGAGCAUGGAUCAGCUUGGCCUUGGAGAAGAAGAUGCUGUCACAGCACCUUAAAGAGCUGCUUACAAACCAGGAGUUGCUCAGGCAGUUGUACAAACCUCACGCAUUCCUCCUCUGUGAGGAAGAACGAGAGCAGUUUCUGUUCCAUCUCCUCUCUCUCAACACUGUGGACUACCUCUGCUUCACGCGGGCCUUCAACUCCAUCAAUAUUCCAUAUCGGGUGGCUAUCAUCCCCAUGAAGAAGCUCAGCAUUGCCAUGGCAACCGUCAACCCGUGGGUGUGUGUGUCUGGAGAGAUGGGAGAUUCAGGAGUUAGACAGAUCCCCAAGAAUACGCAGGAGAUUUUUUUCCAGUGUAAGAACCUGGGCCGACUGAGCACAUUGCAGCUUGGACAGGAGAACUCGGGUCUGCUGGCUAAAUGCCUCAUCGACUGUGUGAUGGUCUACAAUGAGAUCACGGGUCACACGUACAAGUUCCCAUGUGGUCGUUGGCUAGGCAAAGGUGUAGGUGACGGCAGCCUGGAGCGAGUCCUUAUCGGUCAACUGUUGUCACCUGGCGGAGAGGAGGAUUCCGGAAGGUGGACAGGGACGCCUCCUCCGCCAGAGCUGUCCUCGCCUUCCCAGGGUGUACGUGCAGUGCUGGGAUCUCUUGGCAGCCGAACAAGAGUGCUGUCUGUUGAAGUUCAUGAGGACAUGAGGGAGGCGGCAAACAACCUGGUUAAGCACUUCCAUAAACCUGAACAAGAGAGGGGAAACAUGACAGUCUUAUUAUGUGGUGAGGGAGGUCUGGUUGCUUCCUUGGAGAAGUUCCUCCUUCAUGGCUUCAAGUCCAGCCGUCUUUUCCAGAGAAACGUCUUUGUUUGGGACUUUGUGGAGAAGGCAGUGGUUUCCUUGGAGACGGCUGAUCAGAAUGGUGAUGUGCAGGGCUCGAUGCUGAGGAAGGAACCGCCCUGCGACUUGCUCUGUCAUUAUGUCAACUGCAUUAACGCUUCGCCUCGAAACAUUGGGAAAGAGGGGAAGUUCCAGUUGUUGGUCUGCCUGGGAGUCAGGGAUCGACUUCUGUCCCAGUGGCUCCCCCUGCUGGCCGAGUGCCCCCUAACGGCGCGGACUUAUGAAGACAGCGCGCUGAUGCGGGACCGCUCCUCCGUGCACUCGCUCUCCCGCAUCCUACACACGCUCAACGAGUUCACCAUCACGCUGGAAACCUCUCUGGUCAAAGGAGUUGCCCUCUGACCCCCAAACAGGCGUCCAUGGAACUCUUCUUUGCUGUAAAAUUGUGCCAGCGGUCUGGAGUGAAGUCCAAAGUCAACUGGAGCUCUCAGCCUUUUGCCUUGUUCACUGAUGUAAAUGUCUUUGCACACUGUAUUUGCUUCAGGAAGUAGUCGGGUCCUCCUUUGUGUGAUUACACUGUGAUAAAAAAAAAAAAAAAAAAGAAUCCUCUGACAGUCACAACCUCACAUUGACAGUGUUUGUUUUCCCAGCUUUUCCCACUCAGAAAAAAGUACAUCAUUGUACCUGGAGGAGGUCUAGAACCCUAGCCUUUUACUGCUUAACUCUGAUUAUGCCACUUUUCCACUGCAUAGUACUCGGUUCCCCUCCACUUUAAAAUAGUACUACAUGAAACUGCAAAUGGCAACAAUGGAGGAGAACUUCUGUAUUAAGUGACGUAAAAAUGUUAUUGAAGAGGAGACUGAGGGCAGCCAGAAAGCGGACCGCUGCUGCUAAAUGGAGACUGGGGGGUAUAAUACUGCCUUGCCCAGAGGGUACACUAACAUUUUUUAUGCUAAUUUUUUGUCAUUUUCUAGCCGUUGUUCCUCAAAUGUUACAAUGAGGAUGGUUUACAUCAUCCACAUGCCACCCGCUGGUAUUAAAAAUACUACCUGAAAGUACCUGCUUUUGCCAAUGGCCAAAUAGCUAAAUAAGAGCCGUGUCAAGCCUAGUAGGUCCUCCAAGGUACAAGAGCCAUGGCACAGCUACUUUUGUGCUGCUUUCCUACUGUAUAGUAUUUACUAGCCUUGAUUCGGGGCGGUAUGUUUUCCUCGUCAAAUUAGUACUGGAGGAAUCUACGAAAUCCAAGCGACCCAAAUGAAAUACUAACAACAGUGGAACACAGCCAAGAGGAGACUGAGGGCAGCAAGAAAACAUGCCGCUCCCAAUUUUUUUAGGUAAUUUGUAGCCGUAUAUCGUUAAGUGUACAAUGAAAAGUCUGCUUCACCACCAGCAAGAGAUUACAACACCCAUAUGGUACCACCUCGUACCUGAUUUUACACAUUUGUGUAUGUAUUUUUUGUUAUUUCUAGCCCCUGUAUCCUUAGGGUUACGUUUCUCAUGAGUUACCAAGAAGGUACCAUGCAGUGGAAAAGCAGCAUUACUUUAGAUCAUGUAGGACUCAAAGGGACCCAGGCAACAAGAACAAAUGUACAGCCACUUUUAUAAUGCUGCUUUUCCACUGCACGCUACUUAAAAUAGUAAUGCAGGAAACUGCAAAUUCCAUGCUGCCUUCAACAUAUUAGGCAGAACAAGACAACAAUGAUGAGAAUAAGGGUCGUCUCUAUUUAUUUCUUGACUAAGGAGCCGAGAAGACUGAGGGCAGCAAGAAAACGGGCUUCUGCAGCAAAGUGGAGACUGUGGAGAAAUAAGCGAAAAUAGCUAGAGUAGAACCAUGUCAAGCUAACUCUGUACCAUGCAAUCGAAAGGGGACAUUACUGUAGCCCCUUAUGGACUCAAAGGUCACAAGACCCAAGGUUAGAAAGGUACAUGUAUGUUCCUCAGCUGUAAAUGUUAAUUAUCAAGUACAAAAGCAGUAUUUUGGACAGUACCUACCUUAACGUUAACGCGCCUCCUGUGGUUGUAUUUCUUGCACUCUCUUUAACUUUAAAAUGACAAUGAUGAACGCUUGCAUGGCCAAAUCUGUUUGUUUUAUGUCUCCCUCAAUGUGUUAUGACUCCAGAUAUCAAGUACUUGGGCCUUGCUUGUCUAGUUUGACUGGAUGUCCACACCGAAGGACAAUGUUGUCCCCUGUACUGUGGUAUCUUCUGAUGCUCUUGUUCUGCUGAUAUCGGCUAUGUCAUUUUGUGUUGAUCUGACAUUGAAAACCGUGUCAUCUCUGCUAGUCCUCUUCUCAUUGUAAAUAUUUUCCCUCACGUAAUCUCUGUGUUGUGGAAUAUUUUCAGGUUGAAAAGGUUGUCAUUGUUUGUGUCUGUCUCCGGUGGAUGGUGUUGGAUAGAGCGCACAAGCUCUUAAAAACGACAAAAGUAUUACGUUGAUGUUGCGUUUGUUUUAACUGUUAAGAAAAAACGCCGUCUUUCUCCUGCACUGUCCUGCAAGCACUAUACGUAACCAAGCCCCUUGUUAUUAUCAUUUAAAUAGAGAUUAGUGAGAGCAAUAAUAAUGAAACAUAAUUGUUAUUUAUUAUUAAAAAUGUGGCAUCACAGAUUAAAGUUAUUAAUGAAACAAGUGCGUGUCAGUGUUUAUUUUUUAGGGACUCGCCUUAAAUGUGUGUUAGACUAACGUGUGGUACGGAGAGGCCUCACUUGUCAUGAAAAAUUUAAAUGAAUAAUAACGUAAAAGAAAUAUUAAAAUGUGUACAUUAAACUCUAUUAUAAAUGU